CGGUCUCUGCUCAGAGCUCGUAGCGCACGGCGGAGUGCGGCAGGCUCGAGCCGGUACCGUGCGCGCUGUGCGAACUCAAGAUGACCACGUGGAGUGUCCCGCGGAGGCCCUGCCGCGCGUUCGGACUUCUGCUGCUGGUGAUCUUGAGUUUCCUGGUGCUCCGCAGGUAUUUGCUCCUCAAGCCGAGAAGCUGUGACCAUGAGGUGACUCAGAGGCUGGACUGGCACCAUAUGCUCUCUCCCUGGCGGAGACGCCGGCAGUCCGGGCUGCACACCCAGGGUCAGAACUUUAUGCUGGAGGACUCCACCUUCUGGAUCUUCGGGGGCUCUGUGCACUAUUUUCGGGUGCCCAAGGCUUACUGGAGGGACCGCUUGCUGAAGAUGAAAGCCUGUGGUUUGAACACCCUCACCACCUAUGUCCCAUGGAACCUUCACGAGCCACAACGGGGCACAUUUGACUUCUCCGGGAACCUGGACCUGGAAGCCUUUGUCCUGAUGGCUGCUGAGAUUGGGCUGUGGGUGGUUCUGCGUCCAGGCCCCUACAUCUGCAGUGAGAUCGACCUUGGCGGCUUGCCCAGCUGGUUACUCCAAGAUUCUGGCAUGAGGCUGAGAACAACUUACAAGGGCUUCACUGAAGCAGUGGACCUUUAUUUUGACCACCUGAUGUCCAGGGUGGUGCCCCUCCAGUACAAGCACGGAGGACCCAUCAUCGCUGUGCAGGUGGAGAAUGAGUAUGGCUCCUACAACAAAGACCCCGCCUACCUGCCUUACAUCAAGAAAGCCUUUGAGGACCGAGGGAUUGUGGAGCUGCUCUUGACCUCAGACAACAAGGAAGGCCUGAGCAAGGGGACCGUCGAAGGAGUGUUGGCCACCAUCAACUUACAGUCACAGCACGAGCUGGAGUCUCUGAGCACCUUUCUCUCAAGUGUCCAGGGGGUUCAGCCCAAGAUGGUGAUGGAGUACUGGACAGGGUGGUUUGACUCCUGGGGAGGCCCACACAACAUCCUGGAUUCUUCUGAUGUUUUAAAAACAGUGUCUGCCAUCAUUGAUGCCGGCUCUUCCAUCAACCUCUACAUGUUCCAUGGAGGCACCAACUUUGGCUUCAUAAAUGGUGCCAUGCACUUUCAUGAAUACAAGUCUGAUGUCACCAGCUAUGAUUAUGACGCAGUGCUGACUGAAGCUGGGGAUUACACAGCCAAGUACACCAAGCUCCGAGAACUAUUUGGCUCCAUCUCAGAUGGCCCUCUUCCUGCCCCACCUGAGCUUCUUCCCAAGACUGUGUAUGAGCCACUGAAACCAGCUCUCUACCUGUCGCUGUGGGAUGCCCUGCAGUUCCUGGGGGAGCCAACCAAGUCUGAGAAGCCCAUCAACAUGGAGAACCUGCCAAUAAACAAUGGAAGUGGCCAGUCCUUUGGGUAUACUUUGUAUGAGACAACCAUUGACUCAUCUGGUGUCCUCAGUGGUCUUGUGCGUGACCGGGGACAGGUAUUCGUGAACACAGCGUCUGUUGGAUUCCUGGACUACGAAAGGAGGAAGAUUGUCAUCCCCUUGAUCCAGGGUUACACCGUGCUGAGGAUCUUGGUGGAGAAUCGAGGGCGAGUCAACUACGGGGAUACUAUCGAUGACCAGCGCAAAGGUUUAAUUGGGAAUAUCUAUCUGAAUAAUUCUCCCUUGAGAAACUUUAGAAUCUACAGCCUGGACAUGAAAAAGAGCUUCUUUAAGAGGCUCAGCUCUAGUGCAUGGAGCCCUCUCCCUGAAGCACCUACGUUACCGGCCUUCUUCUUGGGUGCCUUGUCUGUUGACUUUUCCCCUUUGGACACCUUCAUGAAGCUGGAGGGCUGGGAGAAGGGGGUGGCAUUCGUCAACGGCCAAAACCUUGGACGCUACUGGGACAUUGGACCCCAGGAGACACUGUACCUCCCAGGUGCCUGGUUGGACCAAGGCAUCAACCAGGUGGGAGCACCUGUAGCCCUUUCCCUUUCCCAGGAUCCCCUUCCCCUUCCCGCCCUCCCUGGUGUCUCAGUGUUUCUUGCGGGGAGGCAGGAGGCCCUGUUACUAUCUGUUAAGCCUGGUUCGGGCAGCAUGGGGUAGAUGUUGUGUUUCCUCCCACUUCGUCGAGUCUCCCUUUCUUUCUCUCCUGCUCUUCUUUCCCAUUCCGCCACUCCCUUCCCCCUUUGCAUCUCUUCACCCUCUACUUUUUUCUUUCUCUGCCUUUUGCUCACCCUGUACAUGCUGUACGCCAAGUGUGCAGCCCUAAGAGAGCUGCUCGCCCUGGCUCUGGCGUGUGACCCAUUGCUUCAUUGUUGUAUACUGAGGGAGGCAUUAAAUCCAAAGUGACCACUGUCCUGGUUCUCCCUGAGCUCAGGUGCCAGGGAUGGAGGGUGGUAGCAUUGCAGGUCUUCUGAGGCUGUGAGGAGGAGCAGAGGGUUUGACCAGUCUCCUCCGUGCUUGUCCAUCCUGCUGGUGGGCUGUGGUCCCUGUUGCUUCCAGCCUGGUUCCCAGCCCCUUCCCUCAUGGCUCCCUCGCCUGGCUCCUGACAAACUUCAACGGCUACUUGACCCCAGCCCUUCUCUCCCCAGGUCCUUGUUUUUGAGGAGAGGAUGGCAGGCCCUGUGAUCCAGUUUACUGACACACCCCGCCUGGGCAGUAAUCGGUACCUCAACUGAUCAGUACCACCCAGGGCCUUGUGGUGGUGGGGAGUGGAGCGGGCCCUUCCUCGCUGCAGCCUGGAGGCCUGGGGUGCUGCCCCUCAUGCUCCCCCCAGCAGAGCUUCCCUAUCUUGCCACCUCAGUCAGGGCUCCACUGCUGCCCGAGCUCCAGUGAAAGGCCCUAAUCCUAACAGGACAGAAGGCGGGUGGCGGUGGAGGGGGCCCUUCUUCCCUGCACAGGGUCUUGACUGGACUCUGUGGAGGGCACCUUUCCUAUUCCCUGCUCUUCCGGGAGAGGACAGAGGGGUGACAGACUGUCCUAUCAGAUCUCCACGUGGUGACCCCUGGGCCACAGAAUCCUGACCGGCAGGGCGGGCGCUGUACAUGGGUGUGUUCCUGUGGAUAUUCUCACCUGGCUGGCCUCGACCCUCAGGACCCCUUUAUGUUUCCACAGCAGCCACUUUGUCACUAUUUGUAGAGGGCAGUGAAGGGAGUGUCUCCCUUGAGCCACUGUUGUUUCUUUCCAGCCCUCCCCAAGUGUUCUGUGGGAUUCUGGAAGAAAUGCCACUUGAGAGAGAUGUGUUUUCUUUCCCUUCCCACUCAAAUUGCUUCUGACAGGAUGACAAGCUGAACUUAAGAGAAGCAGACAUACUCAGCCCCUUAUUUUCCUGAAUUAGAGGGUAUUCCCAGUUCUCAGGGAGAAGAGGAAACGCAGAUCCCAGUGGAAGCCACACCCCCAUCCCCAGGUACAGGAGGAGAAGAGCAGCAGGCCCACUCCAGUGGCCUCGUUGGAGGGGUAGCCUCCCAGGACACUGGGCCACCACAGGGCCUGCAGGCCUGGCACUGACCUUGCCUCCAGCUGGGUCUCCCUUCCCCAACCUCCUGUGACCAAACAGCAGGGAGGAGAGGCAGCCUUCCUUCACAGUUGUCUGUCCAAAAUUGAGGUGCUGGUUCUGGGGCUUGGGUCCAAUGGUUCAGCUCAGGCUUGCUGUCCUGACUUGCAGUGAAGCACUAUUGUUGAAUUGAACCCUUUGUUGGUAUUUCUUGGAUCCUGUCCAUGCUGCUGACAGCCAGAGGCAAAGGCGGUGUGCAGCCAGGCACACGCUUAAUGCUUCUGCCACUCGGUUCCUAGAGGCCGACUCCAUACCAUGCUCCUCUGGACCUCCAUCUCCACUGAGAUGUCGCUGUGGAUUGGAAGUGUCCUUGGAUUCAAGGCCACUACGAAUCCACUCUGGUGCAGGUGGGCAGAGGGGGACACAUCCAAAGGCUCUACCUGUGAGUCAGCUAUGGUGGGUGAGUUUUCUUCACAAACGACAUCUAGCCUUUACUGCCAAGAACUAAUGAUCUUCUGUAAUAGGCAAGUCAGAAAAGGGCACUACCCCAGGGCAGGGCCCACAGCAGGAACCCCUGAAGACUGGUGGGGACAGCCUGCCAGGAUAUCCCCAGGAGUCUCACAAACUCUCACCCUGUGCUUGGUUAAGGAGAGGGUUCCACACUGGGGCCGCUGGGCCUGAGAGCUGAGCCGGAUCAAGGACAGACAGUCAUAAGGCCUAGCCCAAGGGACCCCUGGGAGCACAGAGAUGAGGCCUAUUACAUGAAAAGCAUGCAUGCUGGCUGGGCAGCCAGGUGGGGCAAAGCCCCCAUCUCGGCCAAAUUCCCCAGCCGUGCCUGGACUGCUGUGGAAGAGAAAGCACGGAGCCUCCACGGUAAUGAGACUGGGACUACUUGGGCACUGUUGGCACUGGGCAGCAGGGCCUCCUGCCCUCGCUUUGCACCACAGUGCCUCUGCAAAGCUCUGUGUAGGAUGGCUUCUGUUGGAAGAUGUAACAGGAAGCUGGUGAAUCCUUUCAUAAACUGAAGAAUUCCCUCGAAACUCUCUUAAGGGAAGCUGCACAGGGAUGCACUGGCCUUUCCUUACAGUGAGGCCUCCUGCCCCAAACUUUCAGCUCUUGCCUCUUACCCACCAGAUAGCCCUGCAGCUCCUCUCUGUUAGAACCCCUUGUCUGAGAUCGUCCUCCAGAGCUUUCCCAUAGUUUGCCCAGAUCUUCCCAACUGCAUGGGUGCUCAGGUUCUUGAAGCCUCCUCCCAUAACCCCAACCUCUAAAUGCUGGCAGGCUGCAGGCCCACUCCCUGGCCUCUGUCCACACGCUGCAGUAGCUUCACUCACCUGGGGCUUGCAGACAGCCUGACAAUUAUACACUCCAAUGUUCAUCUCCACCUAGGUUCCAGGUGUACUGGCUACCAUCCACUCACCUCUCCUGCAUGUGUCUAAUGGGCACCUGACCUUGAACUCCAGUUACUACUGUCGUCCCUCCUUCACUCUGCCCCCUCUCAGGAAGUGGCACUUCUAUUUUGUGUCUUGGAUGUGUUUCUAACUUCUUUCAUAACCCACAUCCAUUCGUUAGCAACUUGGCUGUCCUUCUUACCCUUCAUUGUGUUUCUGUGGUGUAUCAUGUUAAUUGAUUUGUGGAUAUUGCACCAUCCUUGCAUCCCAGGAAUAAACCCCAUUUGA